CCCUGGACAAUCUGCAUGCGCACAACUCCACUGCAGAUGUGCAGCAGCAGAGUGAAGCGUGGAGGUAGAGGAAUAAGAAGUGCAGAUGAAGAGGGAAAAGUUCAAGUAGUCAGAAAAGUCUUGGCGUAAAUCCACAAGACAAGGAGAUAAAAGUGAAGCCAGGGGACGUGAACAGUGGCGAGUGACAUUUGACCGUUGAAGGAGAAUGGGCCCCCUGGUGAGCGGUGCCGUUGUUCUUUUCUGGACUCCUCUUUUGGCAUUGAUCUUUGGAGUUUCAUCAGCGAUGGGACAAGACCUACAAGAGACUGAUGCACUGUGUACUGAAGAUGGGUGCUUUGUGGUCUACUUCCAGCGAAGGACCUUCCUGGAGUCCUGGCGAGCCUGCAAAGAGAAAGGUGGCAACCUGGCCACCAUCAAACGUAAGGUGGAUGCUGCCAAUAUUGCCAGCCUAUUUUCCACUGUUGACCUUCGUUACGCACGGACUAAAGUUCAAGUCUGGAUAGGCCUGCAGCGCCAACCUAGACAGUGCACUGCCACCCGCCCGCUCCGUGGCUUUUCUUGGACUACGGGGGACCACGACACAGAUUAUACUAAUUGGCAAAAAGAGUACUCCUCCAACAUGUGCUCUGUGCCACGCUGUGUUGUUAUGGGAUACAGCACUGAGGUGCAGGAGGAGAAUUUCAAAUGGCUAGAUGGCGCUUGCUCGGUUGCUGUGGAUGGGUACCUUUGCCAUUAUGCUUACAGAGGAAUGUGCUCUGCACUGUGGAGUGAAGGGGCGGGCAAUGCUCUCUACACCACUCCAUUCAAUCUACUCAGCACACUCCUGACUCAUAUUCCUAUAGGAUCAUCAGCCACUCUCCCAUGUCCAGCGGGAACCUCAGAGGAACAGUCUGUCGUAUGCCAGUUGAAGGAGGACAACUCAGUAGGCUGGUCCAGAGCCUUUCCUCUUUGCCCUGAUGCCCCUGCGUUACACAAUUGGUGUGACCACAACAAAGGAGGGUGUGAACACUUCUGCAGGUCGUCUGGAGACCGCUUUUCCUGUGAAUGUGCAGAGGGGUAUGUACUCGCGGAUGAUGGUCAGACGUGCGAGCUGUCUGACGCUUGCCAAGGAUUUCCCUGUGAAUAUGAGUGCCUGCGACUGCCGGAUGGAUAUCGCUGCGCCUGCCCUGAUGGGUACAUGCUGGGCCCUGAUGAACACGGUUGUGUGGACGUGGAUGAGUGCCUGCAGAGUCCAUGUGAGCAUCGCUGUGUCAACUCUCCCGGCACCUUUGAAUGUCACUGUGAUCAAGGGUAUGUUCCAGAUGAGGACGGUGGCUGUGAGGACAUAGAUGAGUGCGCCACGGACCCCUGUGAACAUGACUGUGAGAACACAGAGGGUUCUUAUAUCUGCCAUUGCCAUUUGGGCUUCUCCCUGCAGCCAGAGGACCAAAACCGUUGCCAGGACACAGAUGAGUGCCAGAUCGCUGGGACAUGCGAGCAGAUGUGUGUAAAUUACGAGGGUGGCUUUGAGUGCUACUGCGAAGAGGGCUACGCACUUCUGUCGGACCACUUCUCUUGUCAAAAAAUUGGCGACCACUCUGCAGUCACUGCAAUAUGGAACCCUGAAGAGGUGGAAUGGGACCCUCAGCAAGGUCACACUAACUGGCCUUUGGGGGUGGACCACGGCUUGGAGUGGCUGACUGACCCACCAAAGGUGUUCAAUUCUGAUGUGAUUUGGGUCACUAGUGUCCCAAGGGAGGAACCGCUUCAUGAUCCAGUGAUUAUCCCCAUGUACAAAGGCACUGAAAAAUAUGGAGACAUCAGAGAUGAACAGGAACAGUGGUUUUGGGAGCCUGACCCUCACCUUGAGCCAACCACCUCUUUAACCACAAGCACACUUUCGAGUCCCAGCACUACCGCACCAGGACUCAGCACCACUACUUCAGGUCCGGGCACAACUUCUCCAGAUCCCAGUGCAACUUCUUCGAGUCCCAGCACAACCACUCCAGGUCCCAGCACAACUUCCUCAGGUCCCAGCACAACUUCUUCAGGUCCCAGUACGAUUGCUCCAGGCCCCAGCACAACUGAAUAUUAUUAUGAGGAGGAAGAGGAGACAACGACUGCUCUUCCUGUCCCCUCAACCUCAACAAUCUCUGAGGGAGCGUGGAAUUGGUGGGACAGAUUAACCACCACAGUCAGCGAGGCUGCAGGAAAUCCAGAUGAUACAUUCAUAGACCUCAAUUUAUCCACUGAUUCCAGUGCGACCGAGGAAGACAAGCAUGGCCUGGGGAAAAGCUCACCCGCGAAGACUGUGGAGAAAGUGGAUAUUGAGAUCACACAAAACCCAGCGGUACCGACUCAUCGUACAGCUUAUCAGCGACCCACGGAUGCCAAAGAUUCAGUGGAGGAGGACAAAACUGAGAAGCAGAGCAACAUUUGGCUUUUGGUGGGCCUUUUAGUGCCCCUAUGUAUUUUCAUUGUGGUGAUAGUAGUGCUGGCUAUCCUGUACUGCACCCGCUGUUCUGUUGAGUCGCGCAACAAAAAACCCAAUGACUGCUACCACUGGAUCUCUGGUGCUCAUGAUAAGCAGGGGGCUUCUCACCCUUCUCACCCCGCCGGGGUCAAGAGCCAUGUUUAAUACGACAGGUGAGAAACUGACUUUCAUAUCAACAGAGGACGUUUUUAGGAGCGGGCGCGGGUGAAUAAGGAGCACAGUGGCUGCUUCACUUCCCUUGCUUUGGAUUAAUAAAGGAUGUGGAUUUUGAGAACAGCUUUGUAAUGCGGAGAAUGAUGAACAAACUGAUGUUGAAAACACUGACCACACAGCAGAGAUCAGAGUUGUUCAUUGAUGCAUUAAAUUAUUGCUGAUGUCUGGUGACUUCAACGUGAUGUAGAAACAACUCUUCUGUCAUGACAAGUUGUUGCUGUUGAUGGUGUGAUUAAGAAGCUUAUUUCUUAGACAGAAAACCACAGAAAAUUUGGAACUUUUCGCAACAGGUUGUGAGAUACUGUAAGAUACUACAUGUGAUGUGAUAUUUCCCCUGUUCAUUGAGCUGAGUCAGUGAUUUCUGACCUCUGGACCGGCAAGUGGUAUUGUGUGGGCCACAAAGAUUUUCAAUGUGAAAUGACAAAUACAUGCAGCGCAAUAUAAUUCUGAAAUGCCACGGAGAACUUCUUUUGUGCAUGGGAACUACAGCACGACAGAACUACAAAUAAUGAGUCAUUGACAUAUUAAAACAAACAUCUCCGCAGAAAGCAGAUCCUCACAUUCCUCUUAAAAGAAAAACAAAAGCUGCCUUGUUCAAUACCCUGAUGCUGGUUUAACAUUGAGCUGUGGAGCACAAGAGACAAAUAAAAGGAAGAGUGACAAGCUUCAUGUGCAAUGCAGCGGCUGACUUGUACCAUCCGAAAGACUGGAGCAGAUUUUUGGAAGGAUGGAGGAAGUUUCAUACACAGAAAAUGAUGUGACUGGUUUGCAAAAGAUAAAACCUGUUUUAUCGCAGUUAGACUUCGGUCUGUGUUGUUCGUUGCGAUUAUCCCGUUGUCAGAGUAACAGAAACCAAGCCGCGAAGGCAGAAAAGAUCUGCGGCAGAUGACGUGUGGAAGGGCUUGUCAGAGAGUUUCACCUUAAAAAGAAAUCUUUAUCUCCCCUCUGGCAUGUAAAUGUCAGCAUUUUAAGUGUCUGGAUCUGACUCACAUUCGGGGAAGUUUGAGGUUACGGACAAGGAGGGAAAGUCAUCAGAAGUCUGAUGACGCAAUUGUUUAAUAUCACUCUUAUCUGUUUGGCUUCAUUGUACUGGAUGUGUUCAUAUUUUAAAAAAAAAUGCCCAGCAACGACAUGACUCAAGUUUGGAUGGGUGAAUUAUAAAUGGCUGUAAACAUGACGAAGACUGUUCGUCUCAGUGCGGCUCUCCUUCACUUGACAUUUAUUUUCAUCACACUUGUCAAAGGAUCUAUGCUCCCUCGGCUUCUCCAUGACAUCCCCAGUAGUCUGACACUUUUCAACUGCUGAAUAAGAAAAUGUCAUUCCAUCCAUGAAUCUAUAGCCAGACUGCAUUCAGAGCGCUUCAUACUUGAAAUGCACAACGCUAAUGUCUCGGAUCCACAACUAUUUAUGACUGGCUGAGUCUUUUUCCUGCAAAGAAUGAACGAAAAAAUGAACUGUUCUCUUGAGAUACAUGCACCAUUAAAAUGAACAAUAAAAGAGAAAACAAAUGAAUGGUUCUUUUGUCUUUUGGUUUGAAAUGGGUAGAAUUCUGUACAAGGGAGUGGGCUUCUUCUUUCUGCAUUCCCCAUCGCAGUUUGCCACAGCAAGUCAGACUCUUUCAUCUUGUUGAUCCUCCCCAGUCACUCCUGUCCUCCUCGUGCCCUCGUGGACUGCAUCCAUCCAUGAACGUCCUCGGUUGUCUUCAGCUUCUAUGUGAAACAUCUGUCUCUCCUGUGAGUCUGAAUCUGUCUCCAAACUGUGCAGACAUGAAAAAAGAAAAAAAGUAGCAUUAAAAUCACAUUAUUGUAUUUAGAAGGGAAUAAUAGACUCGGGUUAAUAAAGCAGACCUGUUUGAUGAAGAAAGCAUGAUGUAAUAUGAGAUGAGAUACAAGGUACUACAAAGAUUACUCC